AUGAGCGUUUAUACUCAAUUAAUAUCAGUAACAGAAAUGCCAAUGAGCGUAAUCCAUAGACCACUUCCAAGUGAAUUGGACGAAGAAAAAGUUUUAUCAUUAAUGGAAACAAUCAAAAGUGGUGUUGAAAUUCCACCAAUCGAUGUAAAUUGGGUUAAAGGUAAAGAUGAAAAUAAUAAUUACUAUUUUUCUUUUGGUGGAUGUCAUAGAUAUGAGGCAACAAAAAGAUUAAAUUUAAAAACAAUUAGAGCAAGAAUUAUAAAAUCAACUCCAAGUGAUAUUAAAGUUUCACCAAGAUUAGCACAAUUACCAUCAGAUCAAUCAAACUAUAAUAUGGAAAGAUUAUACGUCCAAGAUAUAUUUUCAAAAAUUAAAAAUAAAAAUCAACCAGAUUUAUCAGAUUUAAUAAUUUUAUUUGAUAGAUUAACAUCAUUAGCAUAUCAAGAUGUUCAUUCAAGUAAAAAAGUUAAAUUUGAUUAUUUUUAUAUGUUUUUCAAUAUAAUGUUAGAUUCACCAAUUCUAUCAGUUACAGAGAGUACAGGUAAUAGAGUUUUACAUUUAUUACUUUUAAAGAAAUUGAAUGGAUUAUUAUUUUCAAAUGUUUUAAUUCAAAAUUAUUGUCAUAAUGAAAAAUGGGUUUACAAAUUAUUAAAUUAUCUCAUUAGUAGAUCAAAACAUGAUAGUGAUGUAAUUGGUGAAUUAUCAAUAACACUUCAAAUCAUUUGUAGUUUUAAUAUAACAACAAAAGAAUUAAAAUAUUUUUUUAAAUUAUUAGAAAGUAUAAAUGAAGAAAGACCAUAUUAUUGGAAUGUUUUAAUUGAAAUUUUACAAUUUUUAUUUAGAAAAAGAGUUGGACCUGAUAUUUAUUUUAAUUUUAGUAAUAGUAAUGGUGGAUUAAUGGUACCUGAUAAACAACCAUUCGAUGGUGGAUACAGUAUAAGUUUUUGGAUGAAUACAGAUGAUUUUACAUCAUUAAAGUAUAGACCAGGUUUAUUUAGUUUUUUUAGUGAUGAAAAUGUUGGAUUUGAAGUUACAUUUCAACAACAAUCAUUGAUUUUCCAAAUUAGAACUAAAUCUAAAUCACCAUGCAUUGGUUCACAUUAUAGAUUUCAACCGGGUAAAUGGUAUCAUGUUAUUAUAUCACAUGAAUAUUUCCUAUUAAGAAAAUCACAACUUUCUCUAUACGUAAAUGGUAAACUCGAAGAGAAAAUGCCAUUACUUUACCCAAAAUCGGAUAGACCAUUCACUCGUUGUCAUAUUGGUAAUUCCGUAUCACUACAAAAUGGGUUCCUCGGUAGGAUAGGAUCCAUUCUAAUGAUAAAGGAUGCCUUGGAGCCUGCCGAAGCUACAUUACUAUAUCAGAUCGAUAAAAAUUCAACAAUGUUGCAAGAAAAGGUACCAAAAGAAGGUAUGACUGCCAUUUACGAUUCUCAAUUAUUUUUGGCAUCUGGUAGGCGUAAUAUACCCAUAAUAUUCACCUAUCAUCCACGUGCCACUGAUAAAGCAUUAUGUUUUGAGAUAUCAAGUGGUGAAUUACCAAAUGCUGCAACUAUAAUGGACGGUGUAUCAAUAUUGAAAUCGGUUUCACCAUUGGAUCAGUUGGUUUAUAUAGGUGGGUUAAAGAUGAUAUAUCCUCUAUUCGCUCAAUUGGGUCAACCUAUCAAUGGUGUGGAAAUUGAGAUGCCACAGGAUAUAAGUGAUCAUAUGACAACUUCACCACUACCAUUAUCAAAUUUAAAUGAUUUCAUUUCAAUUCCAUCCUCUAGUGGACCAACACCUAUUUUCCCUUCUUCAAUUGGUUCUGGUCAUUCAAGUUGUCUAUUUAAAAUACUAUUAUCAUUAUUACAACAUCAUCCAGCAUUUAGAGAACAAAUCAUUGAAACUCAUGGUUUCCAAGUUAUAUCAUUCCUUUUGAAAUCAACUCCAACCUCUUCACCAUAUUGGACACCAGAUGAUAUAGAUUCAUUAUCGCGUUUAAUAUCUUUUUGUGCUGGUAAACAACCACUUUGGUCAUUGGCAAUUCAAAAUUUAAUUAUGAAUAAUUUUCAAUUAUGGUCACAAACUAAUUCUUUAACUCAAAUUGCACUUUUUGAAACGAUUCAUCAAAGAAUUCAAACUAAUCCUCAAUUUUGGAGAAAUUUAGUUAGAGUUGAUCAAUGGUUAACAAUUUUAAGAAAAUUUUAUCAAUUACCUUCAGCAUCGUCAUUAUCACCAUUAUCAUUAUCAUCAAAUUCAUCAUCAUUAUCAGCAUCAUUAUCACCAAUUAUAAAUAGUGGAUCAUGGUGUAAAGAAAGUAUUGAAAAACCAAUAUUUAAAGAUUUACCAACAAUUGAAAAAAUCAAAAAAGCAAGAGUUCAAAUCAUUGUAAUCAUUAGAGAAACUGCUCAACCAAGAUUAUCACCAAGUGAAACUAGAUGGUUAUCAUUGUAUCUAAAAGAAUCAACAAUUGAAAAUCAUGAUGAUGUCAUUAGAAUGUUAGAGGAUAUCAUUCAACCACUUCAAAGUAAAGAUACUUGGUGGGAUGAUGUAAUGGCUUCUGCAAAUUUACAAGAUGAAAAUUUGGUUUUAAAAUCUCGUAAAGAUUUUCAAUCAACUCAAACUAAAUUACCAUCACAUAUCUCUUACCUAUGGGAUAUCGAUUGUUGUGAAGAGGUUGUUAAAAGAUUAGAAGAGAUUAAAUAUCAAGAUAGAUCAAAUUUAAUUCUAUUCAAACAUUGGGUACAUAUUAGAAGAGUUAGAGCUGGUAAUUUAAAUGGUAUUAAAACAAGAUUAACUAAUGGUAAUCAAACAAAUACUCCAAUUUUAACAAAACUUAAACAAAUGGGUAUAAUUCAAUCACCUUCAACAAGUUUAUCAACUUCUUCAAUAACUCCACCACCACCAAAUAGUAGAAAUACAAGUACUGGUAUUUUAAAAAAUUCUUCAAUUAAAGAAAAACAAUUAUUUCAAUCAAAUAUUGAUAGUUUAUCAUUUUCAUUAAAAGAAACUACAACAACAACAACAACUACAACAACUACAACAACUACUAGUACAACUUCAAAUACAGGUAAUGAUAGUCCACUAAGUAUAGAAUCACCAAUUUCAUCACCAGUUUUAAUUGAAAAUACAACAAAUACAACAAAUACAACAACAACAAAUACAACAAAUUCAUCAAUGUUAUCAAUUAAAGAUUAUGAUGAUGGUGAUGAGCCAGAAGAUACUACAGUUGUACAUUGGAAAUUGGAUAGAACUGAAGGACCAUUAAGAAUGAGAAGAAAAUUAAAGAGAAAUUAUUUUGGUUCAGAUUAUAAAGGAUUAUCAAAACAAAAUAGAUUUGGUAGAAGUAGAAGAACGACAUUAGAGAAAUAUUCAAAUGAAAUUGAAACAUUUUAUAUUGAUCAAGAUUGUGGUGAUGGUUUAGGUAAUAUUAUCAUUACAAUUGUAAAUGAACCACCAUUACCACAUCAAACAACUUCCUAUAAAGAGAUUGAGUUCUUUAAUGAAUCUCAAUCACAAUCAUCAUCAUCAUCAAAUAUAGAUAAUUUAAAUCCAAAUACUGGUUUACCAUAUAAUAAAAGUACAAAUAAUUUAUCAAAUGUAAAUAAUGUAAAUAAUAAUAAUAAUAAUAAUAGUAAUAAUAUUAAUGUUAGUGGAAAUAAUACAAUUGGUCCAUCAUCAAGUAAAUCACCAUUAAGAAAUUCAAGAUCAAUGAGUAUUGGUUCUUCUGCAACAAAAUCACCAUCAAGACAAAAUGUUAAAGAUGUUUUUAAUUUAGAUAAUAAUAAUAGUAAUAGUAAUAAUAAUAAUAGUAAUAAUAAUAAUAAUAAUAAUAAUAAUAAUAAUAAUAAUAAUAAUAAUAAUAAUAAUAAUAAUAAUAAUAAUAAUAAUAAUAAUAAUAAUAAUAAUAAUAAUUUUAAUAAUAAUUUAUCACCAACAUUAAAUAGUAUUUUACCAAAUUUAAAUAAUAUAAGUAUAAAUAGUGGUAGUAAUACAAUUGGACCAAAUUCUUCAAUGUCAUCAAUUUUAUCGCCAAGAAUUGGAGAAUUUGAUGAAAAUGGUGUUGAUGUAUCAUCACCUAAUAGUAGUAGUUUAUCAUCAUCAUCAUCAAAUAAUCAAAUUGAAGAAGAGAAAUUUAUUGGUUCAUGGAGAUGUCAAAUGGUUGUACCAGUUGGUGUUAUACCUGGUCAAUUUACAAUCACAUCACAUUAUUUAACAUUUGAUAAAGAUAUUCAAAUUGUUGAUCAACGUACUGGUAGAACAUUUUCACCAUCAUUAAAUGGUAUUCAACAACAGCAGCAGCAACAGCAAGAUCAAGAUUUUGGUAGUGUUAAAAUUAAAAAUACUUAUAUUUGGAAAGUUAAGGAUUUAGUUGAAAUUCAUAGAGUUAGAUAUUUAUUAAGAUGGAAUUCAAUAGAGAUCUUUUUAAAUCAUAAAUCAUAUAUGAUCAAUUUUAGUAAGGAACAAGAAUCCAUUCAAAUCUUUAAUAAAAUCGUUGCAUUACAUCCACCCAAUUUAAGGGUGAAAUGGUCUGAUCAUCCAUCGAAAAUUAUAAAGAAAUCAAAGUUAACAAUGAAAUGGAAGAAUAGAGAGAUUUCAAAUUUCGAAUAUCUAAUGUCAUUGAAUACUAUCGCAGGUAGAACCUAUAAUGAUAUCUCUCAAUAUCCAGUUUUCCCACAAAUCAUUUCAGAUUAUAAAUCUGAAUUUUUAGAUUUAAAUGAUAGUCGUUCCUUUAGAGAUUUAUCUAAACCAAUGGGUGCAUUGAAUCAACAAAGGUUAGAUACAUUGAUUAAACGUUAUCAAUCGAUGCAGUCUGCUCAAGAUCCAACUAUGCCUCCAUUCCUCUAUGGUUCUCAUUAUAGUAAUUUCGGUAUUGUAGCUUAUUAUCAAGUUCGUUUAGAACCAUUCACUUCCUUUCAUCUGUCAUUGCAAAGUGGUGUUUUCGAUCAUCCUCAAAGAAUGUUUGAAUCGAUGGAUAAAAUGUGGGAUGGUGUCUCUGGUAAUAAUUUAGCAGAUGUAAAAGAAUUGAUUCCAGAGUUUUUCUAUAUGCCAGAGUUUAUAAACAAUGGUGAGGGUUUUAAUUUUGGUUUCACAAAUUCAAAGAGUGGUGAUUUAAUAUUACCAAAUUGGGCUCAUCAAUCACCUGAACUAUUCAUUCAAAUCAAUAGAGAGGCAUUGGAAUCUGAAUAUGUAUCUAUGAAUCUUCAUCAUUGGAUUGAUUUAAUAUUUGGUUUUAAACAAAAUGGUCCAGCUGCUCAAGAGGCUAAUAACGUAUUCUUUCAUCUUACCUAUGAGAAUAAUGCUGCAUUACAACGUGAUGAUCCUGAUGAACGUCAAUCUAUUGCUUCACAAAUUAAAGAGUUUGGUCAAACUCCACCACAAUUAUUUUCAAAACCACAUCCAAUUCGUAAAACUCUUCAAGAGAUUUCAAAACCACAAAAAGAUUUAUUUGCAAGAAUUGCUCAAAAUUUAUUUAGUCCUUCAAAUAAUGGUACGAUUAAUUCAAGUUUCUCAUCGACUUCGACAUCAACAUCGACAUCAUCACCACCACCAUCAACAUUGAAUUCACCACAAGGUCCAUCACUUCAAUAUCCAUUUAAAGUUUUAAAAACUAAAAGUAGUUUACCAUUAGUUCAUAUUAGUAGUUGUCAAGAUAGUGAUAUUGUUGUUUUAGUUUAUAGAGAUGGUGUAAUGGCUGUUAAUCAAUUCGUACCAUCACCAAAUGGUAAUUUACCAUUCACUUUUGAUAUUGAUAAAACUUUAUCAACCUAUAAAGAGAAACAAAUCGAUACUUUAUUCAUGUCUGAUAGUGUAACUUGUAUAUCAAAUUGUUUUGCAAUUACACCCGAUGGUAAAUUUAUGUUUUCUUGUGCCACUUGGGAUAGUGUAUUCAAAUGUUCAAAUAUUCAAAAUGGUCGUGUUCAUAGAUUGUAUCGUGAUUUUCAUCAUGAUAUGGUCACUUGUAUUUCAUUGGGUUCAAAUGGUAAACAUUUUGCAACCGCUUCAAGUGAUACAACAAUACUGGUUUGGAAUGAUGUUGAUCAUUUAAUUAAAGAUUCAAAAGCAAAACCAUCCUAUCGUCUUUGUAGUCAUGAUGAACCAGUUCAUUGUUUAGAUAUCAAUGAGGAAUGGGAUCUAAUCGCUUCGGGUUCAAUGGAUAAGAAAUUAAUACUUCAUUCAUUGGGUAAAGGUCAUUAUCAACGUUCAAUGAUUCAUAAUGGUGCUGUGGAAAUCGUUAAGAUCUCUACUGUCGGUCAAACAAUUAUAAGCUAUUGUUCAAUGUCUUUUCUUUAUGUUCAUUCUUUUAAUGGAAAAUUAUUAAAGAUUCAACAAUCUGAUGAAAAAAUUUAUGAUGCAAAGUUAACUGGUGAAUCUGUCAAAAAAGGUGGGGUUUUAGGUGUUGGUUCUUCAACUCAAUAUCUUGUUACUGGUGGUACUCGUGGUGUUAAAGUUCGUUCUUUACCAGACUUAAAUAUUGUUCAUGCUUUCGAUAGUCCUGCUGCAAUUAAAACAAUUGAAUUGGUUGCUCAUGAAAAAUAUAUGUUAAUUGGUUUAAAUGAUGGUAAUUUAGUAAUCAUUCCAUUUGAUGUUAAAGAUUUAUAA